AUGAAUUCGAUUGCUGAGAACCCUCUUUUGAGCUCCCAAAUGAGAAAGCAGUUGCAGGGUCCGAGGCCUGCACCUGUGACAGUGAGCAAAAGUUCCAUAAAGAUCAAAAAGCCAUUUCCAAGUGGGAAAAGCCGUUCUCCAGUUAUAAUAUAUCUGCAAUCUCCCAAGGUCAUUCACGUUAGACCUGAGGAGUUUAUGUGUACUGUGCAACGCCUUACGGGGAAUCAAGCGCAUAGUGUUGCUGCUGCUUCUUCGCAUUCCUACUCUUCUACCUCUUGUGUGAUGCCGGCCGAUGAAACCACGGGCAUGGGAAGCUCAAGCAAUGGCAAGGUACAGAAACAUAAUGGUGGGGUAGCGAUAUGGUGUUGA